GCGAUCGCUCCCCCCCCGUUUCCUUCACGCCGCUUUACGGCGCUCCGCCUCGGCGCUGAGCGCCGCUACCGGCUCGUCUCGCAGCGGGAGGGAGGCGGGGCCGCGGCGGCCAAUGAGCGCGGGGAGAGCCGCGCUGACGGAAGGGGAGGGGGCGCGGGAGCUGCCGUAAAGCGGGCGGUGGUGCGGGGUAGUCGGUUGCGGCCAGGGCUGCACGCGAGGCGGGCGCUGCCCGUCUGUUGCUGGGCCGCCAUGGCGGGGGCGCUGGCCCGUAAGGCCGCGGACUAUGUGCGCAGCAAGGAGUUCCGGGACUACCUGAUGAGCACGCACUUUUGGGGGCCAGUAGCCAACUGGGGACUUCCUGUUGCUGCUUUUAAUGAUAUGAAGAAAUCUCCAGAAAUCAUUAGUGGCCGAAUGACAUUUGCACUGUGUUGUUACUCCUUGACUUUCAUGAGAUUUGCCUACAAAGUGCAGCCAAGGAACUGGCUUCUCUUUGCAUGCCACUUCACUAAUGAAGUUGCACAACUUAUUCAAGGAGGGCGACUGAUCAAAUACAGGUUGGAGAAAAAGAACUAAAUAUCAGACUUGAACUAAGCCAAGGAAUAUGUUCAUCCUGAAUUACCACCAAGGAAGAUCUGCCAUCUACAGUUGCUGUGACAAAGACAACGGAUAUAAAACAAAUGUACCCGUUGCGAACAACCCCAUCAGUAAUACUUCUAAUUUUAUCUUGCCUUUUAUAAAAGUACUAUACAACAAUGGGAUCCACUGCUUCUAAUGUUCUGUUGCCUUAUUUGUCCUUAGUAACUACCCUUCUAACAGAGUUUGUUAUUCAAACAACCAGCACUAUUUGAAAACCAGUUUCUUAUUAUGAAAGUAAAAUAGCUUGUGGUGGCUUCACAGACUUGCUUUCAAACGAACCUGAGCAGACGGCAGUAAAACAGAACUGUAGGUGGUGGUGUUCCAUACAUUAAUGUUCUUAAAAGCCAUUUAACUUGGGUGCAUUCAUUCCUAGUCUUUUUUUAACUUAAGCAGUGGCUUGCUAAUCUACCAGAACAAACACGUAGACACGCAGCCUGGAAGCAGCCAGCUUUCCCUCUUACUGCAUGCCUUGUCUCAGUGAAGAGACAUAACAGUAACAUAAUUUUUAAGUCGCACAUUACUUAAUAAAGACGGUAAAAACAAAAGCAUUGCACUGAAGGAAGGCAACAAAGUGUGAUACUAUUUUUCAGGUAAUUCUAACUUGUUUUCCUACUGCUCGAGUUGUUCUAGAUGUAUGUAAUUUUUAUUCAGGCAAAAACUUACCUAACUUAACGUGUUUGGAGACUGGGAUGUGAAGGACACAAGGUGCCUUUCAUUAGGUUUUUUUUUUUUUGAUGUUGUUGAAGAGUAAUUUUCAUGCAUGACCUGCCUGGAAGUUACAUCAUUGUUAAAGAUGUAGAUGACAAAGAAUGUACAUGAUGGAUUUUAUUUAGGUGCAGUGUUUUGAACAAUAAAACAUAUUCCAAAUGGCAAUAAACCUUCUCAAAAUUGUGAAAA